UCCUCCUCCCCCCCGCCGCCCCCGCCCCAACUUUUCUUCUUGCAUGAUUUCCCUCGCACGGAUUUGCCACUCGGAUGUUGUUUCCUCGGGAGCUGAGCUCGGAGCCACGUUGAACCAGCCUUUUCCUCCAGUGCUAUGACAGGCAAACUACUGGAGAAGCUGCCGGGGACCAUGAACACUUUGAUGAACCAAUUGCCUGACAAUCUGUACCCAGAGGAGAUCCCCAACUCUUUGAAUAUCUUCUCCAGCACCAGCGACUCGGUGGCUCACUACAACCAGAUGGCUGCAGAUAAUGUUAUGGACAUUGGCUUAGCGAACGAAAAGGCCGGUCAGGAAUUGUCCUCCUACUCGGGCACUUUUCAACCCGCCCCGGGCAACAAGACUGUCACCUACCUGGGGAAAUUCGCUUUCGACUCGCCCUCCAACUGGUGCCAGGACAACAUCAUCAGCCUGAUGAGCGCCGGCAUCCUGGGGGUGCCGCCGUCCUCGGGCGCGCUCACCAGCACGCAGAGCACGGCGGGCAGCAUGGGGCCGCCGCAGGGCGAGGUGGACCAGAUGUACCCUGCGCUGCCACCCUACUCCUCCUGCAGUGACCUCUACCCAGAGCCCGUCUCCUUCCACGACCCCCAGAGCAACCCCGGCCUCACCUACUCCCCUCAGGAUUACCAGGCGGCCAAGCCCGCCUUGGACAGCAACCUCUUCCCCAUGAUCCCAGACUAUAACCUCUACCACCACCCCAACGACAUGGGCACCAUCACGGAGCACAAACCCUUCCAGAGCUUGGACCCCAUCCGCGUCAACCCGCCCCCCAUAACCCCGCUGGAGACCAUCAAGGCCUUCAAGGACAAGCAGAUCCACCCGGGUUUCGGGGGGCUGCCGCAGCCGCCCCUCACCCUCAAGCCCAUCCGACCCCGCAAGUAUCCCAACCGGCCCAGCAAGACGCCGCUCCACGAGCGGCCCCACGCCUGCCCCGCCGAGGGUUGCGACCGCCGCUUCUCCCGCUCCGACGAGCUCACCCGCCACCUCCGCAUCCACACGGGCCACAAGCCCUUCCAGUGCCGCAUCUGCAUGCGGAGCUUCAGCCGCAGCGACCACCUCACCACCCACAUCCGCACCCACACCGGCGAGAAGCCCUUCGCCUGCGAGUUCUGCGGCCGCAAGUUCGCCCGCUCCGACGAGCGCAAGCGGCACGCCAAGAUCCACCUCAAGCAGAAGGAGAAGAAGGCCGAGAAGGGCUCGGGCGGGCAGCCCCCCGCCGCGCCCCCCACUGCCACCGCCACCACCUCGCCCCCCGUCGCCCUCGCCCCUGCCGUCACCACGUGCGCUUGAGGGAUUGUGGGGGGCGGCGCGGUGGCACCCCUUCUCCUCCCCUUGCCCUCGGCACCGCUCCGGGGGGAACCCCGCGGUGUUCAGGAUACCGGGGUUGUGCUGCGACGGGUCCGCUCUGCCCGCACCCGGAUUGACCGGGUCCAGGCUGCCCGCACCUGGAUCCUGCCUGCACUUGGAUCGACGGGACCCGCACUGCCCGCACCCGGAUUGCCCGGACUCGCGCUGCCCGCGCUGGGAUUGCCCGCACCACCUGGAUCCCGGCUGCCUGCUCUCGCACCUUCCACAUCCCGGCUGCUUCCACCUGCACCGCCCGGGGCCGGGCCGCCCGCACUGCCUGGAUCCCGGCUGCCAGCUCCCGCAACUCCCGGAUCCCGGCUGCCCACACCCGCACCUCCCGGGGCCGGGCUGUCCGCACCCUCCUGGCCCGGCUCUCCCGGAUCCCUGCUGCCCGCACCCUGUGUCCCGGAUCCCUGCUCCCGCACCUGGAUUACUCGCACCGCCCGGAUCCCGGCUGGAUUGCCCCAUCCCGACUUUCCCGGCUCCGACUCUCCCGCACCCCACUGCCCUCACCCGGCACGUCCCGGGUCCAUCCCGCUCGGCCCGGCUCCGGGCUGCCCGCGCGGCGGAUCCCGGGAAUAAUCCCGGCUGACCUGGAUGCCAGGGCUCGGUCCGACCCGCCCGCCCUGCCGGGGCUGGGUGCUCCAGGAUCGGGCCCCUCCCCGGUCCCGUCCUGCCCGGCUGCCCCGGGGCUGGGCGCUCCAGGAUCCGUGAGAGGAUGGCUGGAUGGAUGGAUGGAUGGAUGGAUGGAUGGAUGGAUGGAUGGACGGACGGAUGGAUGGAAGGAGCCGAUCCGGCUCCUCUCCUCUCCUCUCUGGGCCUGGAGCCCCCGUUCCCCCCCUGCCCCGUGUCCCCCCCGUGUCCCCAAGCACCGGCUCCCCGUGUUGGAGGUAAGAGGGCUCGGCCCCCCAAGCCGGGCUGGCGGGGCGGGGAGCGGCUCUGCGGGUCCCCCCAACUCUGGGGGGCGGCGGGGAGCGAUGUCCCGGCAGCAGCUUUUGGGUUUGUUUUCUUAUUUUUGUUUUCUUUUCCUUUUUAUUAUUUUUGUUUGUUUGUUUGUUUUCAGCAGACGGGAAAUUCUUUACAGAAAUACAGGAAAAAAAAAAAAAAGCACCCCAAUAUUUUGCUGAAUACUUUUUAUAAUGUGAGAUAUUUUUAUUUUAUUUUAUUUGGUCACUUUAAAACAACCACCCAACUACGGAGGAGAAAAAUCAAUUAGUCCUCUAUUUUAUUAUUUUAUUAUUUUUUUUCUUUCUCCUUCUGGUAUGUGCAUGUCAUUGCAUGACUGCUCUGAUUUUUUUCUUCUUUUGUUUUAAUAAAACUGUGCUCAGACAUUUAAGCUAAACUAAGCAAAAAUAAUAAUGACUUAAAAAGAAAAAAAAAUCUUUGUUGCCAAAAGGUCGUGCUAUCCAGGUUUGAUGUCUGCAUGUGAAAAAAAAACCACAAAAAAACACAUUAAAAACGUACAAAAAAUAAAGAGGAAGAAUGCAGUCUAAUUUAUGUGAACUGAAAGGAACAAAAAAAAAAAAAAACAAACAAACCACAAUCAGGUUUAACCACACAAACCUAAGGGAAUGAUAUUUUUUGAAAG